AUAGAUCUUACUCGAUUUACCAGCUCUGCAUUAAAAGACCACGUAGCAGAUCCCAUCGAGAAGCCGCAGAUGUAUUAAAAGAACGACUUCGAGUAAAAAGAGCAAAAUGAGGUAAUUUUCAAACGCAGCAUAGGUAUAAUUAGGCAUUCCAAACAAAUGAAUUACCAGUGGGCAGGUUCGGUAUAUCUAAGGGUGGCGACAUAUGGUGUAUUCUAUCUACUUUACGUAAAAUCAUGAAUAAUGGAUUACAUUUAAAUAUUUUAUGUCAAACACAAUAAAAAUAAUAUUUAAAAAACCCACCUAUACAUUUCUUCAUAAAUUGGCAGGCUUGGCAAGUACUAUUUCGAAUAAAAAUAGCGUCCAAGUUGCAAGACUAUGUCGCUACCCCCUUAAAUAUACAAGAAUUUCCCACUGGUACCUAUUGUUUGACAGGUCGUUGGAAUGCCUAAUACGAACCGCUUAUGAAACGUCAUGGAGGAAGAAUAGUUAUGAAACUUGUUUCUCUGAAUUUAAAACAUGUUUGACAACAAUGAACACGGCCACUGAUUUUAAAAUAGAAUUUGGAAAAUAUACCUAUCAAACCCUUUUUUUUUUUUCAGAGUUUAGUUUCCGAAUUAAAUAUGGCAGAUUUAAAAGCGAAUGAAUACAAAUCGGACUUACAAAAGUUAACAGAUGAAUUAGCUGAAAUGAAAAAGAAAUACAUCACUGAGAAGAAAGCUCACAGGGCCCUGCGCAUGGCAUACGAAUCUAGCCGAGAAAUGAACCAAAACGGAGACAGCGAAGCCGGCGAUGUAAAAUUUACUGGUGGCGGUUUUCGAAUGUCAGUCUCCAAAAUUACUACAAAAUAGUUUAAAGCAAAGUGUUUCGCACCAAAAAUCCACUAUACCUGAAGUUUUUAAAGAUAAUAAAUCACGCAUGAAAAUGUCAAAGGUUAAACUUGAAGUUUGCGUUGACAGUCUCGAGUCUGCUUUAGCCGCCAUUAAUGGUGGGGCUGAUCGUCUUGAGUUGUGCUCUUCUCUCAUAGAUGGCGGUUUGACACCGACACCUGGUUUGCUAAUUCAAAUUCAAAAUAUGAAUUGCAGAAAUAUUCCUGUGUAUUGUCUUUUGCGCUGUAAGCCUGGAAACUUUAUUUAUAAAACUGAAGAAAUCGAAAUUAUGAAAGAAGAUGCCAGAAUAUUACGUAAAAACGGUGCAGAUGGAUUUGUUUUUGGAGCUCUUUCGGAAAACGGUGAUGUUGAUAUGAAAAUUUGUCGUGAUAUUAUCAGAGUCUCUCACCCCUUACCUGUUACUUUUCACAGAGCGUUUGAUUUUUGUAAACGUCCUACUAUUGAAGUAGAAGUUAUUAUUGACUUGGGAUUUCAACGUAUUUUAACCAGUGGUAAGCAGCAAAACGCCCAAUUAGGUGUUAAAUUAAUAAGAAAAUUGGUAGAACAAGUUGGAAAUAGAAUCAUUAUAAUGCCGGGAGGAGGCGUUAAUAAAGAAAAUAUAAAAUUCAUCAUGGAAAACACUGAAGCCACAGAAAUACAUGGUUCUUUCAAAGUUCCCAAAGAUGAACCAGAAAAAUCUGAAGAUAACUGUGAAGCUGUUGUUGGAGAAAGAGAAGGGCCUAUUUAUGUGACUGAUGAAAAUACAGUUGCAGAAAUUAUUAAUAUUUUAAAGACUGCAUAAAUUGUUUCAAAAAUAUAAAAUUGAGUAAAUCAUAAAUAUAUUGUACUAAAUUUUGUGUGUGUAUUUUAAAAUAUUUGUUUCUGUGAAACUCAUUUUGAUGUAAAAAUACAAAUAGGUAAAACAAAUUCGUAUUUUUUCUGUAAUAGA